CUUUGAUAGUUUUUGGUAUUUUUUAUACUUUUUGAUCAUUUUUAAUGUUUCUACGCCUCUGAACCACAACGUUGUAUAAAGACGAAAGCCAUGAUACUAACCGUGAACGAACUCACAUUCCGCCAUUCUUCUUUAUUGUGCUACACGCGUUUUGUUGUUUUUCUUUAUUUAGUGUUUCUAUUUUCUGUUUUUAACGAGGUUUUUUUUUGAAUGAGGAAAUGGCGUAGAAGAAGCCCUGAUAGCAGGAGGAAAGAAAACGGAGGCGAUUUACGCUACUCGGAGAAGUUGGAACAUGUCUCCGAAACGAGGAGCUAUUCCAAAGAAGUGCAUGUCCGCUAAUUACCACCAUGAAAGAGAAAGGCCAAGAAUAAUAAGUGCCCUUGCUAAAAGCGAAUCGGAGAAAACGAACAGAAGGAAGCAUGACAAAUAUCUUGAUAACAGAAACGCUCACCGAAGCAGAUCAAUAAAAGAAAAUAAAUUAACACAAACUCUACGCCAAACGGAAAACGUCGUGGAAGGCCUAGAAUGUUUGGUAAUUCCGACGCACGCGCCCGCUCGUCUCCGAAAACUAAGUGUCACCCGUAGAAGUAAUUUAAAAAUGAUCAAACCGUCGACCGACUGUUACCAAGAGGCAUCGUCCAGUAGUUCCAAUAACGAACUAAGCACACUGUUACCCUCCAAUCCGCUUCUCUCCGCCUUUUUAGCAAGUAGACGUGAUGCUCCCGCCAUCUGUGUUUCAUUACCAGCGCGAGACAGUACGAGACUGGAUAAACGCGCGUCUUCGUGUCGACAGGGUCGCCUGAAACGAAAUACGAGGGUACAUCGGAGAGCUUUGCAUAGUUCUCACCCGAAUCACGAGACGAAAUCUAAUCAACGCGAUUUGGCGAUAGCAAGCACGAUAUCGUCCGGCCACGGAACGCAUCGUGCCAAAUCGUUUGAAGAUACUUCGCACGGUUCGGUGCAUUGUUUCGUCGACGAACAUGGGAAUUGGAUUACGUACACGUUUGAUGAAAAAAGUGUAGGCACUGCCAAUGCAAAUUUGCCAUUGCCAAACUACAACAGCGGAAAAAUUUUAAGCACCUUACUACGGCAAAGGGAGGCCGCGACGAACUCACGAGGCGCUAACCACCGAGGUUCCAGCGAUAUUUGGGACAGUAACAGUACGGAAUCAAUUUACAACAGUUCGGUGUCGAUAAUUCUGGACAACGCCACAAGGCAACCCCUACCCUCCGCGACAAACAGUAUGAUUCCUACCAGCAACACCUUACGGAUAAACGCGGAACCGUUACGACAUAGAUUUUACACGAAUAAUUUAAGUGAUAAUACGAUCAUAGAAAAUUUACGAGAGGUCUUCCCAAGUACGAAUACCGACAUCAACGUCGAAAUGCAGGUGCCGAGGAAUCGAUUCCGCUACAUUCAAGCGACGGACGCCGCGAAUAACAAUUAUUCUAGGACAAAAUCGUACUACAAGUUUAAAGUGUUUCCGUGGACGUUCAUAAAAAUUAGUUUGGACCGCUUGAACCUGCUAGCGUUGUUAGAUCGUAACCUUACGCUAGGAGAAACUUUAUUAUCUACCUUUUUAGGUAUUCUAGUCUCAGUUUUUGGUGCUGUUUUACUUUAUUUAGAUUUUUAUCACGAUUUACUCGCUUUGGUAUUUUGCAUUGUGAUGUGCAGUUGUCAGUAUUCGCUGUUGAAGAGCGUGCAACCGGAUGCGGCGUCGCCUACGCACGGUUUCAACAGGGUAAUCGCGUACUCCAGACCGAUCUAUUUUUGUUUGUUGUCGUCUAUCAUUUUAAUUUUACACGCGAGUAUAGCGCACGAAUCUUACGAUACUGCAUUUACAGUGUACGGUGUGAAUUUUACCAAUAAGAACAUAUUGGUUUGUAUUCGUGAGUUUAUAGUUAAUUUUAUGUUGUUUUUUCCUGUUAUAUUUUCACUCGGAUUGUUUCCCCAAAUUAACACGUUUUCAAUGUAUGUUUUGGAACAAAUUGACAUGUUUAUGUUUGGCGGUAAUGCGAUGUGCAGUUUGUCGGCGUCUAUUUAUUGCGUAUUUCGUUCACUUAUGGCUGUGAUAGUUUUGUACGGAUUAGCAUACGGCGGUUUAAUAGAAGCUAAAUCUUCUCAACAUAUUCUAUUUUCUAUGUUCUGUGCUUGCCUGAUAGCAAUGUCGUACCAUUUAAGUAGAAGUGCGAGUGAUUUCUCACAUAUUUGGAACAUUAUCAAGAAACACUUAUGGCCUCCGGAUAUUUAUCGAGAAUAUAAAAAAACUCCAAAGAAAUUUAAUGUGGAUGAUUGCAAUUGUGAUAAUAAGGAAUGUAAAGGUGAAGAGUACACAUCUGUGGAUAAAAAAAGUGAUAAUUUAAUUAACGAUAGUACAGACACUAAAGAAGAACUAGUUGAUCCUCUACCUCAAAAAUUACAAAGCACUGUGAAUGCUAGACUGAAAAGUGACAUUAUUUUGUGCGGACUAAUCGCCGUAUUCGUGUUUGGUAUACAUGCGAGUACCAUAUUCACCAUUUUACAAGCGGAAUUGGGAAAGGUACUCUGGUGUAUCGCCGGCUCUUUAGGUUUCCUUCUACACUACAUCAUUCCGCAAUUGCGAAAGCAGCUGCCUUGGUUGUGCAUCGCACGGCCCAUUUUAAGGGCGCAUGAAUACGGACAGUAUCAAGUUAGAGGGCCGGCAAAAGUAAUGUGGUUCGAAAGGAUAUAUGUCUACUUGUGCUUUUUGGAAAGAAACAUGCUUUAUCCGCUGAUAUUUCUUGCCGCUUUAACAGAAGACUCGCCGAGAAUUGUCAACAAAUUUGGAGCACUCUGUGGUUCCUUGAUUGUUGUUAUGUGUGGAUUGCGAUGCAUACGAGGGUCCUACUCGAACCAAAACUCUCAGUACUUAAUUUUAAUUUUUACAGUUUUGUUGUUUCGUUAUGACUAUAAGCAUUUUCAUGAAGGUUUCUUAAUCGACUAUUUUCUAGUGAGUAUCCUAUACCAUCGUGCUUAUGAAUUAAUGUUGAAGCUUCAAUUUGUGGUGACGUACAUAGCGCCAUGGCAGAUUACGUGGGGCUCUGCGUUUCACGCAUUUGCCCAACCGUUUUCUGUGCCACACUCCGCUAUGUUAUUUCUGCAAGCAAUCAUAUCAGCAACUCUAUCGACCCCGCUGAAUCCUUUUUUAGGAAGCGCCAUCUUUCUCACUUCGUACGUUCGCCCCAUCAAAUUUUGGGAACGUGACUACAACACGCGAAGAGUUGACCAUUCGAAUACACCCCUAUCGUCACAUCUGGACCGUAAUUUAGGCGCAGAUGACAAUAAUUUAAACUCGAUUUUUUACGAGCACCUAACCCGAUCCCUGCAGCAUUCACUUUGCGGAGAUCUAAUACUGGGACGAUGGGGUCCUGUGAACCAAGGCGAUUGCUUUGUUUUGGCGUCUGAUUAUUUAAACUGUUUGGUGCAUAUCAUCGAACUCGGAAAUGGGCUGGUGACCUUUCAGAUGCGUGGACUUGAAUUUCGGGGUACUUACUGCCAACAGCGCGAAGUGGAGGCUAUUACAGAAGGAGUUGAAGAAAAUGAUGGUUUUUGCUGCUGUGAGCCCGGCCAUUUACCAAACAUGCUAAGCGCCAAUGCCGCGUUCAGUCAGCGAUGGUUAGCGUGGGAGGUGACCGCGGCAAAAUACGUCCUUGAAGGUUACAGCAUCUCGGACAACAGCGCCGUCUCCAUGUUACAGGUCUUCGACUUUCGCAAAGUACUUAUCACGUACUACGUUAAGAGUAUUAUAUUUUACGCGAUCCGUUCCCCGAAAUUAGAAGAUUGGCUGACAUCCCAAACCAUCCUUAAAGCCUUGCAACCUAUACAGGAUCGGAAUUUCGUCGACCUGGAUCCAGUGUUCAAUUUUAACAUCGACGAAGACUUUGAUUUGUGCGUGUGCGGUAUGACGAGGAACAUGUUUUUUCAAGUUUACGGCGACUGGAUUGGUUAUUGCUCGGAGAAGUGGGGGAAAACUGUUGACUCUAACGUAAAUUCGACUUUAGUAUUAUUGUGUUUCGCAUUGAGUCUGUUAGGUCGAAGAACGCUCGGCGCAGUUUCCCACAAUACGGUUUCGAGCGUCGAAUUCUUUUUGUACGGUUUACACGCGCUGUUUAAGGGAGAUUUUCGUAUUACGUGUACACGAGACGAAUGGGUGUUCUCUGAUAUGGACUUAUUGAAAACGGUCGUAGCUCCAGGCGUGCGGAUGUCCCUAAAAUUGCAUCAGGACCAUUUUAUGUCGCCAGAUGAGUAUGAAGAAAUGCCCGCCCUGUUUGAAGCUAUUUGCAAGCACGAAGAGGAACUUGUCAUUUCACACGAAGGCGAUCCGGCUUGGCGCAAUGCUGUACUUAGUGGCACGCCAAGUUUACUGGCGUUAAGACACGUCCUCGAUGACGGGACGGAUGAAUACAAAAUUAUCAUGUUGAAUAAGCGUUACCUUAAUUUUCGUGUUAUCAAAAUAAAUCGAGAAUGUGUGCGGGGCUUAUGGGCGGGGCAACAGCAAGAAUUGGUUUACUUGCGCAAUCGCAAUCCUGAACGUGGAAGCAUACAAAAUGCGAAGCAAGCCUUGCGUAACAUUAUAAACUCUUCUUGUGACCAACCUAUUGGUUAUCCCAUCUACGUGUCUCCUCUCACAACUAGCUAUGCCGAAACCAAUGAGCAAUUAUGUGGUAUUGUAGGGGGGUCUUUAAGCCUUACUAAAAUUCGUAAUUAUCUCGUCGACACUUUCUCCAGAAUACGAAAACGUUGCAGAGAGGGAUGUUCGAGUGGCGGUUUGCAAGAUGAUAUGGGGUUAGGUCAAGAUGGUGUUUAUGCCAUGACGCCUAUGGCGACGUUAGGACAUCACACUACUGGCAGUCAGUCGACGGACGGGUCACAUUUUGGAGGAAGCAUGGGGCGAGGUGCGAGUCUAAGUCGAACAUCACUAGGAGGAAAUAGGGGGAGUCUGGCGUCGAUGGGUAAACCGACCAGUUCGACCCUUGCCAGUUUGGCGGGUCUAUUUAAGGAACGCGAUGAGCGCGCCGUUUCUCAGGCUCCAGACGGUCAGGCGCGUUGUGAUGAACGGUUGCAAGAAACUUUGGAAACGGCCGAAAAUGAGGUUUCCGCUCAAAGGGUCAAAAUUGUCGAUCCCAACUUAGUGUACGAUUGUAUAAAUCUCGGUAGAAGAAUUGACGUUAGCUGGCCAGAUGAAAAUAUGCGAGCCAAAGGGGGACGGUCGCAUUGGAGAGAUUGGUUACCAGAAUCUGGAAUGGAAGGCCAGGUAGUUCAUCGUUGGAGUCCUUGUCAUCGUGAUCCAAGCAGACGUUCCCAUGUAGACCGCACAAUUUUACUUGUAAAAAUCGAUGACAAAUAUGUGCCCAUAGCCGAAAGUGGUGUACAAAACUUAGGUGCAGAAGUUUAGCAAAUGUUUAUUUACUAUUGUCAUCGAUAAUAUUGAGAUGCCUACAUCUUUGUUUAAUGUACGCGUUGUUGCUAAGAAUUUUGCCAUACUUCCCCAUAGUAUUCAGAACUCUCUAUUUUGACAUUUAGAAACGAAUAUUUUUACUUUCUACAUUCAAUUAGUUCGCCUCUCUUUUUUAAAUUGCAAAAUCUAUAAUUCAAUAAUUAAGUUACAAUUUGCUUUUUACUUCUUGUACCACAAUGGUCAACCAUGUACAGUUUGUUAGUUACUUUUUAGCUGAACUAUAUUCUUAAAAUUGCCAGAAGAAAAAGCGGGUGAUAAUUUUUAAAUUAAAUGUUUAAUUGUCGAAGCCCUUUGUUAUCAAUUAUGAAUUGAUUCCUAUUGUGUUCAUUGUGCUGAUUGAAUUGAAUAAUUACACUGAUAUAUGUGAUUGGAUUAAUUCUAAAAUGUGUAAUAAUCUAUCAAUUCAUGGUGUAAGCAAAUCAAUUUGAGUGAUUGUUGAUUCCUGAGUGAAGUGAAAGUGAUUUAAUCAUCAGAAAGAAAAAUACCUAUUGAUGGCGUAAUUAUAUUUUUGUUCAUUGGGUGCAUUGGCAAGUAGGCAGAAUAGAACUGUUCGAAAUUGAGUAUGUGCUGUACUUUAAAUCAAACAAAAGUUGUAUAUGACUCAUCACAUAAAAGCGCCGUUCUCUAGGCUUAUGUGAUAUUGAUACCAAAAAUUUCUUGGUUUGUAGUUGGUAAUUACAGAUUGUGAAGUAUUCAAAAAAGCAUCUUUUAAUCCAAGUAAGUGGUGAGUCACACACAACAUGCUUUCAAUUGAGCUAUAAUACAGUAGGGUAGCUACAACAAUCAGUUUGGCCAUUUUUAGAUCAAUGAACCAACCACUAUUAAACUACUUCGGUUUUUUAUUUAAUAACAAUUUGCAAUUUCCUAAUAAUUUUUAU